AUGGAGGCUUGUCCCGCACCACCCACGGGUCCCGAGGCGUCGCCGGCCGAGGGUCGGCACCUUGACCUGACGGAGGACCUGGCCCGGCAGCUGGAGGACAUCAUUAGCGCCUACCAGGCGGACGAGAUCCCCGCUGAGCCAGAGGACGCAGAGGAGGUCACGGCCGUCAAAGAGCCCCUCACCCGCAAGGACCAGAAACUGGAGAAGAAGAUGCUCAAAAACCUCGGGAAGGACGCCAUGCUGCUGAUGCAGAGUCUGAACAAACUCAACACCCCAGAACAGAAACUGGAAGCCAUCAUCAAGAAGCACGCCGAGCUGCUGGAGGAGCACCGGAGUGACCAGAAGCAGCUCAAAGUCCUGCAGAAGAAGUUGCUCCAGGCGAUGAAGGAGAAGGACCAGCUGCAGAGCGAGCACAGCCGCGCCGUGCUGGCUCGCAGCAAACUGGAGGGGCUCUGCCGAGAGCUGCAGAGGCACAACAAGACCUUGAAGGAGGAGACCCUGCAGAGGUGCCGGGAGGACGACCUGAAGAGGAAAGAGAUCACCACCCAUUUCCAGGGCACGCUGAGUGAGAUUCAGGCCCAGAUCGAGGAGCACAGCAGCCGCAACACCAAGCUGUGCCUGGAGAACAGCGCUCUGGCCGAGAAGCUGAAGGGCCUCAUCUCACAAUACGACCAGCGAGAGGCGAACCUGGAAAAGGUCUUCAAACACCGAGACCUGAAAGAAAAGCUGCUGGACACCAAACUGGCGCAGGCCAACAUGAUCCUGAAGGAGACGGAGGAGAAGCACAAGCUGGAGAGAGAGCUCAUGCUAAAACAGGCGACCGUGUACAAAUCGAAGGUGAAGGUCAUGAGGGAGCAAGAGAACGACAUGAGGAUCCAGCUCGAGAUGUACUCCGCGAAGUUUGAUGAGUUCCAAGGCACGGUAUCAAAGAGCAACAGCGUCUACAGCGACUUCAAACAGGACAUGGACAAAAUGACCAAGAAAAUGAAAAAGCUGGAUAAAGAGUGCCAGUCAUGGAAGAGUCGCUUUGAUGGCUGCAACAAGAAUCUCCUCGGCAUGGUGUCAGAUAAAGCGAUCAAGGAAAAGGAGUUUGAGCUCGUCAACAGCAAGAACCAGAAGCUGGAGAAUCUGUGCAGGGCUUUGCAAGAGGAGAGGAGGAGUCUCUACGAGAAGGUGCAGGGAGCUGGAAGCCAAGCACACGUCAACAGCGCCGGGCCAACGGAGAAGGAGGAGCUGGAGACCCCCGAAGACCCUAAAGACAAAGACCCCGACCAGGAAACGGCAGCUCCUGCCGAGACACCGACACCCCAAACUCCACUGACCAAGGAACUGGCUAAACUGAAGGCCGAGCAGAGCCGCCUGGAGGAGAUCGCCGUCUCUUUCACAAUCUCUCACGUCGUACCCACAGAAACAGUCGUUAGCCAAUCACGAGGACCCUCUGAGGGCGGCGCCCAGGAGCCAGAGGAGAACCACAUAGAGGAGACCGACCGCGAAGAGGACGAAUGCCAAGAACAGAGAGAUUUGGAAAUGGAGUCGGUUGAUUAA